AUGAAAAUAAGAGAUAAAAUAAUAGUACAGAAGUACUACUUAAAUGUCUUCAAUGGAAUUUUCUUGGCUCUGGGUCUUAUGCUUGUCACAUUCGGCCUGUGGCUUUUAUUUGACAGAAACAAUUUUUUCAGUGUGUUAUUUUCUUCAGGCAAGAACCAGCUAGUGGCAUAUUUUUCUUAUAUAUUACUUGGAAUUGGAUCUCUUAUUACUUUUACAUCAGCUGUGGGAUUCUUUGGAAGUAGUAUGGAAAUCAAAUGUCUACUAAUUACAUAUAUAAGUUUUCAGAUCCUGCUGUUUGUUACCCAGAUGGCAAUAUUGGUGCUUAUGUUUGUGAAGAAAGAAGAGGUCCACAAUCAAUGGAACAGCAGAAUUGAUGACGUUAUUUCUGAAUACGGGAAUGAGAGUCUGGCUGAGCAGGAACCUGUGUGGAACAUUCUGAAUGCUGUGCAGCAAAAUAUGGAAUGCUGUGGAAGAUAUAAUGUCACACAGUGGGAAAGGAAUGAAAACAAGGGAAGUAUUACUCAGAUCCCAUGUUCAUGCACAAAAUCGAAUCUGAAGAAAUGGUUUUGUGAUGUCCCAGGGGAAUCAAUAUACAGUAUGGGCUGUGAAGAAUAUUUAAAUACAUGGUUUGAAAACAAUGUUUUCAUCUUAGCUGCAAUUUUUAUCAGCCUGCUAAUGACACAGAUAUUUUUAGUCACAGUAACUUGUCAGCUAUUUAGAAACAUCAGAAAGAAUAUUAUUUGGCCAGAUGAACUGUGA